CACGUAUUCAUACACGAUUCGCGUGUCGAUGUGGAUUGGGAUACAUCGGUCAACAUGUCGCACUUUGCACAUUUUCUCGACAGGCAAAAGAUCUUGAAAUCUCCUACCGUCAACCAGAAGACAGCCAUACGCGCCGCAGAGCCUUUGCAUCCUUACUAUCCUCUUGGUGUCGAUAUUGCGGGAUAUGAGGCAAAUGAAUCGUCUGUCUUAACUCUUCUAGGAGUGUUUUCGUCCUUGUGUGUGGCACUUUUCGCCAUCACAUAUGUGGCCGGUCGCAGAGUUCGUGCAAAUAUCUCGAGGGGAGAUCUAGUUACCAUGAUGUGGUUUGUCUUAUGCGGAUCGCUCCAUGUGUUCUUCGAAGGGUAUUUUGUGCUCAACUUUCGCGAAAUGGGAUCGCGGCAAGACCUCUUUGGGCAGCUCUGGAAAGAGUAUGCCCUGUCAGACUCGCGAUACCUGACACAGAAUACCUUUGUGCUUUGCAUGGAGACAAUCACAUCUUUGAUCUGGGGACCCGUCUCAUACCUGACAGCAGCCCUCAUUGCCAUAGAUAGUCCAUAUCGGUAUCCGUUCCAAGCGAUUAUAUCGCUGGGCCACCUCUACGGGGACGUUCUCUAUUACGCCACCAGCAUUUUCGAUGACGUCCUCCUCGAUAGGCAAUAUUCACGACCGGAAGCUUAUUACUUCUGGGGCUACUAUUUCCUAAUGAACUUUUUCUGGAUCGUCGUACCACUAGUUCUACUCACAAACAGUGUCAAGGCCAGCGCCAGUGCUUUCAUAGCUCUGCAAAAAUCAGAGAAAGUGCUGAAAGCGAAUGGAUUUGCGAAGAAGCUUCAGUAGUUAUGAAUGUGUCGGCGUGGGCGGGGAUAGGAUACAAGGCCGGGUGAGGCGCAAGCAUGUAGCGGGUGAGACCUGUGGCGAUCUAAGUGCAUCUGAUUACUUGCAUAUUGGUGAUAAUUAGUACGAAUUGCACAUUACUUCCGGACGAGCAUUGCUGUAUAAUGAACGGCAAGCACAUGUGCGACGAGGUCUGAUGACCACGGACAAUGACAAUGACAAUAACGACAACGUCAGCCAGAAGAUGCAGAAGACA